UCUCUCUCGUUCUUGUUUCAGACAAAUUUUCUUCGGCGCAGAAGCCAAAAGUCACUGUUCUCUCCCCAUUUUUCUCUUAUUCUUAUCUUUUUCCACUUUUAUAUUACUUCAAAUUUGCCCUUCCUCUCUACUAAAACCAGGAAAAAAUAAUAAUUUGGGUGCAGUGUCCCCUCUAGUUUUACGCCGAAUGGCAGAUGAAACCGUCUCUCACUCCCAUUAUAUUCCUCCACCUGCCCCUCUUUUAAUCUUUCCCUUGCUCUCUCUCGAUAUAUAUGUGCACUUUCUCUCUCCUACUUACAAUGUUAAAGCUUUUGCUUGCGUCGACUGUUAGCUGUUCUUGAGUAAUUUUCUUGCUUCUUCUACUCUGCAUGUGCGUUUCUUCUACUUACUUCCAUCAUAAAACUUCAUUUUACGUUUACCCUUUUGGAGCUUAAACUGAUACGGGGUCACGUUCAUGUAUUAAUGGAUUCUUGAUAAUGAGGGGUAUUCCUGAUAAAGAUUUUUGAAGAAAUCUGAGAUAUAAAUCUUUAGGGUUUGAGAAGAAAAGAAACAAAAAAAAUGGCACCAGAAAACAACUGGCUUUCAUUUUCUCUAUCUUCAAUGGAAAUGCUCAACUCUUCGUCGCAGGCUCCCCUUCAGUCCACCAUGGAACUUGCACCAUUUGAAGCCUCUUCUGCUUCUGGUUCUCACCGCCUUUACUCCUUCGCCGAUAACUUCGAUGUCAACGGGUGGUAUAACCAGAAACCUCAAGCCAUGUACUCAGACGCUGAAAACCAUCAGGUGAAGGAAAACAACUUCUUCAAUUUCACCAGCUACAUGGACCCAUAUAUGCACCAAAACAUGCAGCCACCGCCUAAACUUGAGGAUUUUUUGGGUGGCGACUCGACGGAGAUUCAAGAUUCGUCCCUGACUCACAUCUACGAACACCACCAGACAGGUGGCGGCGAUGCCUACUUCAGUAACAAUGAGCAGCAACAUCUCAAGACCAUUACUGGUUUUCAGUCCUUUCCUGCGAACUCGGGCUCGGAGGUUGAUGACUCGGCGUUCACAGGUCAUACUCAGUCCCCUGUUGAGUCAGGGAGCGAGCUGGUGGCUUACGGACAGUGCCCCAUUAGUGCUGCCGCCGCCAAUACUACUAAUGCUUUAUCCUUGGGUGUUAAUAACAAUGCACAGUUCUCUGAGAGUAAUAACAAAGCCAUUGUUUGUGUUGACUCCGAGAGUAGCAAGAGAGUUACAGAUACUUUUGGUCAGAGAACUUCCAUUUACAGGGGCGUCACAAGACACCGGUGGACAGGAAGAUAUGAAGCGCAUCUAUGGGAUAACAGCUGUAGAAGAGAGGGCCAAGCAAGAAAAGGGCGUCAAGUGUACUUGGGUGGGUAUGACAAGGAAGAUAAGGCAGCAAGAGCUUAUGAUUUAGCAGCCCUGAAAUACUGGGGUGUAACUGCCACCACCAACUUCCCGAUCACAAAUUACACCAAAGAGUUGGAGGAUAUGAAGCAAGUAACUAAACAAGAGUUCAUUGCCUCGCUAAGAAGGAAAAGUAGCGGUUUCUCAAGGGGAGCGUCAAUUUACAGGGGUGUUACGAGGCAUCAUCAGCAAGGUCGAUGGCAAGCAAGAAUUGGUCGUGUUGCUGGGAAUAAAGAUCUCUAUCUUGGAACAUUUGCUACUGAGGAGGAAGCAGCUGAGGCAUAUGAUAUAGCUGCAAUAAAGUUUAGGGGAGCGAGCGCAGUGACCAAUUUUGAGAUGAGUCGCUAUGAUGUCGAUAGCAUUGCUAAAAGUCCCCUUCCUGUUGGCGGGACGGCCAAGCGCUUGAAACUCUCACUCGAAGCCAAAGAGAAACCUCUUACUAACGCCGACCUUCAAAUACAGUCGAGCAGCAACAGCAUCAACUUUGCGUCCCUACAACAGCCAGUGUCCACCAUCCCAUGUGGAAUACCAUUUGAUGUCAACUUAUUCCACCACCUCCAUCCAACCAAUGCAGGUGUGUCUGCUGCUUCUGGUGCUGCCGCGAACAUGGUAACUCCAAUGCCAUUCAUGCCGUCACCUGCCGAUUUUUUCAUAUGGCCUCACCAAUCCUAUUAACAUGUCAUUUACAGUAAUUUCUCUUAAGCUGACCCUCAUCUAACCCACAAAGCUUUAGGAAUAGUUAAUCGAGCAGUUUUCGAGGAGAAGUAUAAAAGGUACUGCUACUGAAAUGAAGGAUAAAAGUUUUUGUUUUACUGGGUAGAAGCUGGGAUUCUGUGAGUACUGUAGCUUCUCUUUUAAUAGCUUUGGUUAGAUGUAUGCUGAAGUGGACAAGAUAACUCUUAUGGUUAUGGGAAAAUUUUCAAACGGUUUCCAUUUCUCUGACCUGAUCCUGUGCUGUAUUCUAUCAAUUUGCUAAAUUCUGGCUAAUUAUAAAAAAUCAUGCGAAUGUCUUU